AUGACAAUUAAACUUGAACUUGAAUUAAUUUGUCGCCCAACAGUAAACUUGGCGUCAUCAGGAACUGCCAUCCAGUCCAGCACCGAUGAGAAUGGAGAAGCUGCUCGGGCGAUUGACGGUAGCAAAAGCGCGGACGCGAAUGAGAGGUCUUGUACUCGCACAACAUCAUCCAUAAACCCCUGGUGGAUGCUCGAUUUGGGUAGCACCUACAUCGUGGCAACAGUUAGGAUCACCAACAGGCAAGACUGUUGUUCGGAACGACUCGUGGGAUCCGAGGUCCGCAUCAAGACGGUUCAAAAGAUCAAUCCAAGCUCCGACAAGCUCUGUGGAACUGUACGAACCACUUCUUCAUCGUUUAGCUUCAGCUGUCACUACUUUAUGGGCCGAUACCUGUUGAUCAGCAUCCUGGAUUUUAACAGAAUCCUCAGUCUGUGCGAGGUUGAGGUCUUUGGCUGGAAGGACAACAGGACGGCUUUGCAUAAAAUACUCGGAUUGCCGUAUAUGCCUCCGAUAUCCUCCGGUGGACAUGAUCAAGUAAACUUGGCUUUAAGAGGGACUGUGUCACAGUCGAGCUUUUACUCGGUGGCAGAUGCUCAACGAGCUAUUGACGGAAGCAACAGCUGGAACAGUAACAUGAAUUCCUGUACGGAAACCAAGCAAGGCCAAAACCCCUGGUGGAGGUUAGACUUACGAAAAACGUAUGCAAUUUCCACAGUGAGAAUCACCAACAGGAUGGACUGCUGCUCGAGCUCGAACCAAAACCUAGGAGCCGAAAUCCGCAUCGGGAACUCAUCCGAGAGUACCAGGAAUGCUGACAGGCUCUGUGGAAUUGUCAAAACAGUGUCACAAAGCUAUACGUUCAACUGUCCUGGAUUCACAGGUCAAUAUGUGAAUAUCAUGGUCCCGGGACCAAAUAAAAUCCUGGCUCUGUGUGAGGUUGAAGUUUUUGGCACAGAAACUCCACUGAACUGA